AUGGAGCCAACUUUCACAGAAAAGGAAUUCCAUGCUAAGCACUUUGUUCCAAAAGAUUUUUUGGAAUCGUAUUACACCCUGAGCUCUGGAAAUAAUGCAGAGAGUGACUUUUUAAUAUUCUUCCUGAAAAAUCUCCACAAGAUAUUCAGUUCAGGUGACAUCAAGGAAGACACCCUGGUUGACAUUGGCAGUGGCCCAUCCAUCUACCACUUCCUCUUCGCCUGCGAGUCCUUCCGGGAGAUCAUAGCCACCGACUGCACGGACCAGAACCGGGAGGAGAUGCAGCGAUGGCUGAGGAAGGAGCUGGGGGCUUUUGACUGGACCCCCAUCAUGAAAUAUGUCUGUGAGCUGGAGGGAGAUGGGGAAAAAUGGCCAGAGAAGGAAGAGAAAGUCCGAAGAGCCAUCAAACAAGUCUUAAAAUGCGACGUGACCAAACUGAAGCCUUUGGCUCCGGUGGUUCUUCCUCCUGCAGAUUGUUUGAUGUCUUCUCUGUGCUUGGAAACGGCUUGCAAAGACUUUCCCAGCUACCAAUCUACCCUGAAGCACAUCAGCUCCCUGGUAAAACCAGGAGGGCAUUUCAUCUUAUCCAUUGUCCUUGAGGAAAACUUCUACAUCGUUGGGUGCCAUACGUUCUCCAACCUCUACUUAGAGAGACAGGUGGUGGAAGAGGCCGUGAGAGAGGCUGGCUUUGUUAUUAUUUGGGUUGAAGAGAUCAGGUUCAAAUUACACUCCUCAGUAACUGAUUCUAAGGGAGCAUGUAUACUCCUUGCUCAGAAGAGCAGUAUCUGA